AUCACCGUAUAGAGAAAAAGCAAUGCUGCUUUGCUAAAGAUGGAAAAUUUUUUAGGCUUUCAGCCGAAAACCAGUAACGUUACAAGUGAGGCCCAGAAAGAUGGCGUUUUUAUCGAUUUGGACAGCAUGGAAGGUCUAUGGGUAGUGACAACGUACCUGCGAAAGGACUGGAACUAGUCUUACAGACGUACCACGUUCCUUUCAAAGGGGGAUUGGUUGAUGGAAGAAAGAGGAUGACUACGUCAUCACAUAUCAAAGGGAGGGAAUGGGUACAUUUUCUAAGUGCGACUGCUGGGUAAUCUGAGCAGUACUGUUUCUUGAGUGGAUUGUGAAGUGCUUUUGCAUUGAAAUGAAUAUUCAUUGUUAUCUUGGAUUAUGAGUACUGUAAUCAACGAGCUAAGUGACAAAGUUAAAGGAAAAGAAACAACCGACCGGUUAAGCAAGGAGACCGUCCUUGGAGCUAAAUAUGGGAACACGCCUUGCAUGCAGAAAAGGUCGAAAGGCAAUUCGAGUAGGAAGAAAGGAGAUAUUGCGAAUAGCUUGCAGAUUAACCAUGGUUCAAAACGGUCAACGCAGUCCAAUAGAAGAGUAAGGAAAUGCAAAAAUAAAGGAAACAGAAGAGAUAACGAUGCUGAUGACGAGAAUUUGUCUCCUGGAACGAAGCAGUCUUGGCGAUCGAGAUGUGGACGUAAACGAAAGUACUUUGGAUAUACUUCUGCAAGGCAGGGCGCAACUAAGCGAGAAAGAAAUCGCUUUAAUACUAUAAGCAGUGCUUUGGAUGAACUUAGAAAAGUUAUCCCGCAAGCCCAACAUCCAGUUGACGGUAAACUAUCAAAGUUCGCGACACUAAAACUGGCUUGCACUUAUAUUUCUUUGCUGACUAACGCGCUGUGUUCGGAAGAAAAAAUGGUGGAGGUCGGUCAGGAAAUGGGUAUUUCUCAUGUGCCUUCACAUUGCAGAUUCACUGAGUGUGAAAAGGAUUCCCAGAUAAACUCCGGACUGAGUGAGGAUGAACUUUUCAUAGGAGAUUUUACUGAUGUGUUGUUGGUAGAUGACGACCAAGAAACAGUCAGUAUCUACGAUCAACUAACAAAACACUCCUUGAGAGAGGAGGCCGAACACAAUUCAGAUUAGAUGAGGACUGGGCGAAGCCUUGUUGUUUUCAGCGUUUAUGAAUCAUGUAUGCUUGUCAGUGCAAACAUAUUCAAGGAAUUUUAGCGAUAGAUAUCAUUGAUAGAAUAAGAAAUUUUGGGUAAUUAAAUAAAUAUUGUAUUUUUAAAAUUAAUUUAAGCAAUUAUUCGUUACUUGAAAAAUGCACAGGUCAAGCCAGAUGCAAACACCAUUAUGAAAUCGUUAUCUUACAUUUGUUAUGCAGGAUAUUGCGAUUAAGGCCAUGAACUAAAUGCUUGUUCCCAGAUGAGUUCCAGAUAAAAUUUUAGGUACUAUUAAAUACAAUGCAACUAGAUGAAAUAAAAUUUCUGUGUGAAAUUCAUAAGAAACUUCAAGUCAUGUCUAAUCCGAGAGACGAAUGUCUCUGUUCAUUAUCAAUUUUUGGGACUCGUCCUGGUAUCAUGAUGUGCUUUGUGUAUUUAUUUUGUUCAAGUUUAAGAAUAACAUUUAGUAGUUUGAACAAUACCCGUUUGAAACGAGAUAAUGAAGAGACUUAUCAAUUAAUUUCCAAGAAACGUUCAGAGAAGGCUUACUUUUAUGUUCACUAAUAGUGUCUACAGUCAACUCAAAAUAUCAGUAAACACGUACUGAUUGAUUAACGGUUAUUUUUGAAUUUUUAUAUAAAGGGCCUAGAAAGGAAGUAUAGACCCUAUCUUUGCUGAAUGUCCAUUCCCUAGUUACAUUAACAUAUUAAACUGUUUGCUUAUUUAAAAUAAAUGAAUGGAUAUGUUUUGAUAUAUCUUGCUUAUUAAUUUGUAUCGUGUAGUUCUUUUGAUGCCUUUCCAGGAUGGUUUUUAAGCGUGUUCCUUUUCCUUUCAAAAACAGUAACCAAUCAUUUGCCGAAACUAGACUAAACUUUUUAUUUGAUUUACCAUAACCCUGGCAAAACAUAUUUUCUAAACCACAAUCAAUCCAUCAGAUAUUUAUUAUAAAGCAAAGGACAUGCUCAUAACUCUAGGGCCUUCACGAUUGCGUAAAAUAAGAGGUGUAAAAAUCCCAAAGUUGUUAAUUAAAGGAGAGAAAUGGUAAUUGGCCUUGUAAUUUCAAGUGGUUUGUUUUAUCACAGCACUCGUUUGAUAUUGGCAUUGUACGAGAAUCGGCGACAGCAACAAAGGCAUAAAACAAUAUCCGAGUUUACACGAGAACACAAUACCUGUCUUAAAGAUGAAUUAGCUUAGGGAUAGGUGAGACCGUUCUGUUAACUGUGUGCUACUUUCACAACGCAGUUUAACAAUUUUUGUUACAAAUACUUCUAGGUACAAUUGCUGACGUAUUUAUAAAAGAUCCAUUAUGCAAGCUAGCACAAGCUGUAAAAAGGUUGUGCUAAGCUUUAAGGAUUCCAAAAAAGUAACCAUGACAUAGUUUAGAAUAAAUAGGAGCCAACAUUGGUGGGCAAGACUGAAGUUUUUGCUAUUCGUUAUUUGUGAUUUACACAGAUUCUUCUAUUUGGGAGUAAUGGGGUAUUUAAUGAACUGAAUCAUUUUGGUAAUAAGCUUUAUGAUGAGAAUCCAAAGCUAUAAACUUUAAUGUAUCAAAAUAAAGCUCAUUUUUUAGCAUUUUUCCUUAGAUUGUCUUGCUCUUUUUUCGUAUGCAUAUUGAUUCUAAUGAAUGUAUUUUAUAAAUUACAGUACAGGCUGUGUGUGUGGCUGUUGCCCAGGGGAGUCACACAAGCUUUUUAUAUACGGGGAGCUCCAUUCGCUGUUAUCAAGGCUUACCAAAAAGUAUCUAAAAUAAAUUUUAACGCCGAAAAUGAUCAGCUAAAAAGUGUGGAUAAGAUCAAAAAUAUCAAAAUACAAAAUAUUAUCAAUGAGCACAUCAGAGACCACUAGUUAUUAUAAUUUAGAUCAUUAUAAUUUUCUUAUCGACUUAGACUGUUUUUCAUAUUGUUAUGCGCUAGUUGAACCCAUAAGUAUCAAAAAAGUAUAUUGCUAAAUCAGGCAAAGACCGAGAUACGACAUUCUUUUUGGGGGGGGCAGCCCUGAUAAAUAAGUGUAACAACAGCCAUAUUUUACAAAAUAAAAGUAUUUUGAUUAUGCUACUUAAAGUUUUUCUAGGGGGCAAGGUUCCCGGCCCCAACCCCCCCCCUGCCCCCGGUAUCUCGGUCCUAGAAACCAGGUACCUAAAAGUAUUAGAUCACAAGGAAAAUUCUUACCCAUAAUUAUCGUAUUGACCCCCCUGUAUAUAAAAAAUUCGAAUUACCCCAUUGGGGUCGCUGUAAACUUAUGUUUGGUCCAAUACUAAAACUGGUUGCAAAGUUUUUGUAGUUGCAGCAGAGUUACCUACGACUUUUGAUUAUCCUCGGCUGUACUUGAAAAAUCGACCACCAAUAUUUGUUAAUCUAUUUGCAUGCAUAAUUAAUUUUUUUUAUUCCAGCGACAAAUCAAAAGGAGUUACUUUAAUAUGCAUACAACACAAUGC